GAUACACUUAGAAACCGACGGUCAGUAUGAGAAUCCAAGAUGCAGCAGCUAUUGCUUCGAAUUGGACUGGUGUUAACCCUUGCAUCGGGUGGAUUGUGGGCGCUCGGAGAUAGUGGUGCGAGUUUACACCGGAAGAAGAGGAUCGUUUUCACAUACAACAGUGCGACUGGUAUUCUAUGCGCACUAUCCAUCCCGCUGAUCAUUCCGGACAGGAAUAUAUUUGUGUCGUACAAUUUCGAAAUGAACUAUAAUAUGCCAACGACCGCGCAGGACUUCACGCAAGGUGCUUUGCAGCGAAUCGAUACGCCGGAGAUUGCAAAAACCAGGUCCAUGGAUGGUGCCAAUGGUACCGAGCCGUUGUUUGAGGAAAAUGCCCGAUCAAUUCGAAUGUGGCGCACUUUCACCCGAAAACGAGCCUACCGUUCGCUUGAGAUCAAUUUAAAUAGGAUGGGCCUCAACGGUAAGCGAUGUAUUCUGCGGGCAAUUUGUGAGGCCGCACAAGACCCUCUCCAUGAACACAACGGAAUCGUGGGAGAUCUGAUACAAAUUCUCCUGAUGCCAUCGCAUUCCGAAAAUGAACAUCUACCGGCGGAGUUCUACCGCGCGGAAGAAAUGGGUCUGAGGCACGACUGCAGCAAGUAUCGACGGCACUGUUCCAAGAGCAUUUUAGAUGUGAUAAGUACAAUAUACUGAGGGUGCGAGUGUGGAGUCUGUUUGCUGUUGAUUGUGUAAUAAAUAGAUUUAGUUUUAUUUGAAAUGUCUAAUAUUUUAUAAGUUUAACGAUUAUAAAAUAGUGUAUCACCAUGUCUUUUUUGUUGCAUUGCAUAUUCAGUUUAUCGGACCGAAAAAAUAUAUAAAUACUGUUUGCUUCAAAUACUAUUAAAUAUAGCAGUUGUUAAACAACCUAUGUGUUAAAGUAUAAAUUCACUGAGUGUAAUAUUCAGUGGAACAAAAUAUGUAUAAAAAAAAACCAUUCAAAUAAAAUCUGGUUUAG